AUGCUUAAGGGCCCCGUGAACGAUGGAAAAGGCGAAUGCAUAACUUUAGUUUCUGUAAUUUCCUUACUGUCGUUAACAAUCGUAGUCGGUCAUGCACUGAUGCUGAUAAUUUUGUGGAAAGAUCCUUUCAAGCGGUUUCGAACACCACCUACGUUUUUGGUUUGCGGAAUGGUAUUGGCCAACUUCACUAGCGGGCUAAGCGCCGGCCCUCUUUUUUGCUAUUAUGUCAUUUCUUCAUGUUCGGCACUGAGACCUCCAUAUUUAGAACUGCUGUGGAACGCUGCCAGCUUUAUGCUGUACUGGACAACAAGUGUGUCUUAUUUAUCAAUGCUCGGAUUAUCAUUGUGCCAGUACAUUGGGGUGAAGUUACCUCACAAGCACUCUGGGUUAGUCACUAAAAAGACUACUGCAAGCUUCCUUGGAAUUAUUACUUUCAUCUCAUUUCUAAUACCGGGUCUGCUUCCUCUUGGUGUUUCCCCAAUCAUAGUGGAAAAACUACAACUACACGUAACGUUUCAACUGAGUACGUUUAUCCUCUGUGCCUUAUAUGCAGCUCUCGGCGUGGAAUAUUUACAGCAGGUUAAACGAGCUAGGGAAAGCAGCAACAAUGCAGUUAAGGGAAUGACCUGCGUUCGUGUUAGAGACAGAAAUUUCACUAGAGCCAAUCUAAUGUUGCUCGCUUGUGUUACACUUUUAAGCUUGCCAAUAAUGAUAACAUGGCACUUAUCAAUGUACGGAGAAAAAUUAUUCUCCUCCAAAACAGGCCAAACGGCAUCUGGAGCUGUAACAAUCACCUUAUUCAUGAUGAAAAUAACUCUUGACCCCUUUAUAUAUUGCAUGCGGCUUACGAUACACCGCAAAGCGUUUAAACGCAUUUUCAAGUGGAGAAAUCGACAGGUUGCGCAUGCCGGCUCCUCGUAA